GGGUUGUUUUGCUGAUCUUUGUCCUUACCGGGGAUUCUCCUCCGCUGUAGAUGCUGAAGCUGACCGAACCGGGCUUCGAUUCGAAUGGGAUUGCUUCUUCGAAGCGCUUCCGGGGCACUUCGGACUACGUUGCCCAUUCCCUUCCCCUUCGCUUGCUGGACUCUCGGAACCGCUCACAGCCGUACGUUCACCACUAUGAUCAGAAGCUUUUCUUUCCCAUCGACGGCGCUCACAUUCAUCGCGUGCAUCUUGGCCUGCCGCUGAUGGCUGCGCUUUGCCUCCUCAGCGAACUUGCGCUUGUAUCCUUUCUGAGACUGCUCUGGCGGGACGUACUCUGCUUUUCUUAUUUUUGCCGGAAGACCUUGCCGCCUCAGAUGGAAUACAAAAACAGACCGGCAAAGGGUUAUUACAGAUAAGACGUGUUGGUCGGCAUGAUAGUGGUGGUGGAACAGCACUCGCUGCAAUGAACAGCUUCACCUUCGCGUGCAAGGCGAGCACCUUGUGGUACAUGCACCUCUUCGAGG